CUUACCGCGAUCCAGCCGCCCCUUUAACUACCAAGCUCCGGCCCCCUCGUGAGCGAAUGUGCAGCCCAAUGAAACGGGAGGUCGAGGAUGCUGGGAACGGUCUAUAUGCAUCACUCUCCUCUUUCCAAGGGCUAAGAUGCUCUAAGCAGGUCUGCUGAAAAGUGAAAUAAAGCACAACCCUCCAGUCUGAAUACUGUUCUGCUCUCAAAGGAUUUUUCCCAGUCUUGGAGAUGUAUGGGAGCACUAGGACCAUGGGGCACGUGGAAGGCAGUCCCUCACGGUCCCCCCGCCUGCCGAGGUCACCACGCCUGGGCCAUCGGCGGGCUGCUAGUAGUGGGGGUGGGGGUGGUAAGACGCUAUCUAUGGAGAAUAUCCAGUCCUUGAAUGCAGCUUAUGCGACCUCUGGGCCCACGUACCUGAGUGACCAUGAGGGCCUUGGUUCCACCACAUACCCCAAAGCCAUGGUGGGUUUGGGUCGUGCCUCGAGUCGCGCUCUUCAUGGUUCGCGUGUCACUGCCAUGGGCAGCAGUCCCAACAUCGCCACCAUGGGGCUGCCUCACGCCGAUCCCAUGUCUUAUGGUGACCUGGGCUCCCUCUCCAUGCUUCAGCACCAUCACCACCACCAGGGGGUGCCGGCAGGUCUGAGGCCGGCCCGCGAUAGCGGCGUGCUUGACCUCCAAACUCAGCUCAGGGAGCUACAGAGAGACAACGAGCUCCUGCGCCGAGAGCUGGAAGCAAGGGAGGGGAAGCUCAUCUCAGCUUCUGGAACUGGCACCCGUGGCUUCUGGAGCCCGGAGUUGAAGAGGGAGAGGGGAGUACGCAAGGAGGAGGUGGCUCGUGCCUCCUUGCUGAGGGAGCAGAUGAGAGUGGCCCAUGAGGAGAAUCAGCACCUCCAGAUGACUAUCCAGGCCCUGCAGGAUGAGCUGCGCACCCAGAGGGACCUGAACCUGCUGCUGCAACAGGAGAGCGCAGGCCGCAGCGCAGAGCAUGCCACCAUCGAGCUCACUGAGGACAACUUCCGCCGGCUGCAGGCCGAGCACGAGCGGCAGGCCAAGGAGCUCUUCCUGCUGCGCAAGACAUUGGAGGAGAUGGAGCUGCGCAUCGAGACACAGAAGCAGACGCUGGGAGCGCGAGACGAGUCCAUCAAGAAGCUGCUGGAAAUGCUGCAAAGCAAGGGGCUGGGCGGUGAUGCCAGUGAGCGCUCACGGAGGCUGGCCGAUGCCGACUCACAACUCUGCCACCUAGAGGUGGUGCUGGACCAGAAGGAGAAGGAGAACAUGCAACUCCGAGAGGAGCUGCAUCGGCGAAAUCAACUCCAUCAGGAUCCUGCCAAAACCAAAGCCCUGCAGACUGUUCUGGAGAUGAAGGAUACUAAGAUUGCCUCUUUGGAGAGGAAUAUCCGUGACCUGGAGGAUGAGAUCCAGUUGCUGAAGGCGAAUGGGCUCCUGAACACAGAGGAUCGGGAGGAAGAGAUCAAACAGAUGGAGGUCUACAAGAACCAUUCCAAGUUCAUGAAGAGCAAGAUCGAUCAAUUGAAGCUCGAGGUGUCGAAGAAGGAGUCUGAGCUCCUUGCCUUACAAACGAAACUUGAGACGCUGAACAAUCAAAACUCGGACUGCAAGCAACACAUCGAGGUGCUAAAGGAAUCUCUGACUGCCAAAGAACAGCGGGCUGCUAUUCUUCAAACUGAAGUGGAUGCUUUGAGGCUGAGAUUGGAGGAGAAAGAAGCCUUCCUCAACAAGAAGACAAAACAGCUUCAGGACCUCACAGAGGAGAAAGGCACAUUGGCUGGAGAGAUCCGGGACAUGAAAGACAUGCAUGAAGUCAAGGAAAGGAAGAUCAACGUCCUUCAGAAGAAGAUUGAGAAUCUCCAGGAACAGCUUCGGGACAAAGACAAGCAGUUGACCAACCUGAAGGACCGUGUGAAAUCUCUGCAGACUGACUCCAGCAACACUGACACUGCAUUGGCCACGCUAGAGGAGGCCUUGGCACAGAAGGAACGAAUCAUCGAGCGGCUGAAAGAGCAGCGGGAGCGAGAGGAUCGGGAGAGACUAGAAGAGUCAGAGUCAUACAGGCAGGAAAACAAGGAUCUGAAGGAGAAGGUUAAUUCUCUGCAGGUAGAGCUGACAGAGAAGGAGACCAGUUUAAUAGACUUGAAGGAGCAUGCUUCAUCCUUGGCUUCAGCUAGCCUGAAAAAGGACUCCCGCCUGAAGUCGCUGGAGAUAGCGAUAGAGCAGAAGAAGGAGGAGUGCAGUAAGCUGGAGACACAGUUACAGAAGCAAGCAGAGCAGCUCUUCAGCCAAAUCAACAGCAGUGCCCUGGAGACAGAUCAAGGCCGAAGCCACCCCGAAUUGGUGGACAAGGCCAAGCAGUUAGAGCAGGAAGUGUCCUACUACAAAGAAGAGUCGCACAAGGCCCAGGCUGAAGUGGAACGUCUGCUUGAAAUCCUAAGAGAGGUGGAGACAGAGAAGACCGAUAAGGACAAAAAAAUCACUGACCUGGAAAGUCUGGCUCCAAGAACAGUGAAGGACCAAACAAAGAAAGGGCCCAACCUUAAGCACAACCAGCAGGAGGAAAAGAAGAGCAAUGCACAGCUCAUGCAAGUGGCCCGCAAGGACAAUCUGCCAGACAGCUCACAAAAUGUAAAGCUGGAAGAGCUUGCAGCCACACUUGAGAAGACCAGGCAGGAGCUGGAUUCAACGAAGCAGAGGCUGAGCUCCACGCAGCAGUCUCUCGCUGAGCGGGACAGUCACCUGACUAACCUGAGGCAGGAACGCAGGAAGCAGCUGGAGGAGAUCCUGGAAAUGAAGCAACAAGCCCUUCUGGCGGCCAUCAGUGAGAAAGAUGCCAACAUUGCCCUGCUGGAGCUGUCUACCUCCAACAGGAAGAAGACACAGGAGGAGGUGAUGGCCCUGAAAAGGGAGAAGGAUAGGCUGGUGCACCAACUCAAACAACAGACACAGAGCAGAAUGAAGCUUAUUGCAGACAACUAUGAAGAAGACCAUCACCAUCCUCCGCAACCUCACCCCCCACAACCCCAUCCUCAGCCCCAACAUCCAUACCCUCAAGCCCAUCUCAACCCAAAUCCUCAACACCCCCACCCACAACUUCAACACCCUCAACCUCAGCCCCAACACCCCUAUCCUCCACCCCAGCUAAACCCCAGCCCUGGUCCUCAACACCCCCAUGCAUCACUCCAGCACCCCCACCCUCAUCAACCUCAACACCCUCACCCCCAACACUCUCCUCAUCCUCAGCCUCCACACCCCAACCCACAGGCACAUCAUCCUCAGCCUCAACUCCAUCACUCCCAACCCCAGCCACCUCACCUCCAACCCCAACCACCUCACCCCCAAAUUCAGCACCCUCCACCUUACCCUCCACAGCCCCAACAUCCACCAAGCCAAUACCCACCCACUCCACAUCUACAACAUCCCCAAGGGCAAUACACCCAGCCAACACACCCUCAGCCCCAAUACACCCAGCCAACACACCCCCAGCCCCAAUACCCCCAGCCACCACACCCCCAGCACCCUCCACCUCACCACCCUCAGCACCCUCCACCU